GGACAAGAUGAAAAGCUGCCCUCUUCUCCCCUCCUCGUCCUGGUAUGUCUUUUGAUCUGGAGCUGGGAAUACCAAUCCAUUUAGACCGACUGCCGCAAUAUCCCGCGUUUCUGGAGCUGCGUCUUCUGUUUUUACGACAAUCUGGUCACUGGACGUGACCUGGAGAGCACACGUGAUUAGACGUUAGAGUGAUAGACCAUCGAUGAUGGCGGGCGCAGUGCGGCAACCCAUUGACGAAAAGGCGUUUGCAAAGUACCUUGAGGAGAAUGUGCCGGUAAUCAAGAUGCCGAUUGAUCUGAAGCAGUUUGGCUUCGGACAAUCCAACCCAACAUACCAGAUCACCGACGCAACGGGCAAGAAAUAUGUGCUACGCAAGAAGCCGCCGGGGAAGCUGCUGUCCAAGACGGCGCACAAGGUGGAGCGCGAAUACCGGGCGCUGCACGCGCUCGAGACGACCGACGUGGCGGUCCCCAAGACGUUUUGCCUAUGCGAGGACGACUCGGUCAUCGGCACGCCGUUUUACAUCAUGGAGUUCCUCGACGGGCGCAUCUUUGAGGACUUUCUGAUGCCGGGAGUCACCCCCGCGGACCGGACGGCGCUGUGGAAGGAGGCGAUCCAGACGCUGGCGCGGCUGCACGCCGUGGACGUGGCUCAAGUCGGGCUGGACAAGUUUGGUAAGGCGAGCGGGUUUUAUAGUAGGCAGACGCAGACGUGGGCGACGAUUUGCAUCAGCCAGAGUAAAGCGGUGGAUGUCGAGACCAAGGAGCCCGUGGGACAGCUGCCGCACUUUGACGAGCUGGUGGGCUUCUUCAAGGAUGAGAGGCUGCAGCCCAAGGAUCGGGCGACGCUGGUGCAUGGGGACUUUAAGAUUGACAAUUUGGUCUUUCACAAGACGGAGAAUCGGGUGAUUGGCAUCCUAGACUGGGAAAUGUCUACGAUAGGCCACCCCCUCUCGGACGUCUGCAACUUCAUCACUCAAUUCUACCUCGCCCGCUCUCCCGGCGCCUCGGCCUACAGCGACAGCGAAAAGUUUCUCCCUGGAGCCACGCCCGGUCUGCCGCAGCCGGACGAGAUCCUGCAGUGGUACACCGAGGUGUCGGGCUAUGAUCCGCGCGGGGCCGGAGAGCUCAGCUGGGGCGCGGCGUUUAAUAUUUUCAAGCUGGCGGGCGUGUGCCAGGGCAUCGCGGCGCGGUACGCGGCGAGGCAGGCUAGUAGUGCGAAGGCGAAGAUGUAUAUCGGGACGAGGGGCCCGUUGGCGGAGUUUGCGUGGGAGUUGGCGCAGCAGGCGAGGGAUGCGAAGGCGAGGGAAUCGAAGUUGAGGCUCCAACUUUCCGUUCCGCCCGACGAGCGCCGGCCGCUGCUCAGCAGGCUGUCCACGGAGCACGAAAAUGGCGAGCACGUCUUCAGCUGCCGCACGAACCCGCACAGCGACCUGCCCGUGUACACAAACAUUCACCGCAUCAGGCGCGACAUUGUCAGCGUCGUGGAGGAUUACUUGACGCUGGAGCAGCUGCGGGAUGUUAAGAUCAAUGUUACCGUUAUAAGGCCGCUGGUCGACAAGUUUUAUGAGCUGGGGGAUGUUUCCAUUGUAUACUGCUUGCUGGUCAACAGAGCCCAGUUCCUAGACGAAGAAUCGCGGUCCACCAACCGCCAAAACGUCAACUGGACUCGCGCCACUCUGUGCGAGCUCAUCGCCACACGCAUCCUGCGCCGCUUCGGCGAGGACCACGAUGGCGACCAUGAAGGCCUGCUGCUACUAGCGCACAUCCUCGUCGCCGGCUUCGAGCCCUUCCAGCAUGCGCCGGCGCACGUCCGCGAAGAGGCCGAGGGCAAGGCCUGGUGGACGACGCACCGCACGCUGCCCGCGCUCGAGGUCGCCAUCUUGACCGAGAGCAGGCACUUUCUCAGCUCGACGACGGCGCAGAGGGUCGUGUCGGCCAUUUACGAGGGCCGCGUCAUUUACACGCCGUCGACGUCGUGGGACAUUAUCCCGGACCACUACAAGCUGAAGCCCAUUUCCAUCUACGAACCACGCGAGUCGCCGCUGCUGAACCAGUAUCGGCUGAUUGUGCCGCGGACGCGCAAUUACCUUGAGGCGAUACAGUUUACCAUUUUGUUGGGGCUGUAUGUGGCUGUCAUGAUUUUGCGGAGGAAUGGUGAGAUUCCGUAUCUGGAGGCGGCGUUUGCAAUAUUUGCGUUUGGAUGGUGUUUGGAUCAGUUUGCGACGAUUCUGGCACACGGAUGGAACGUGUACACGCAGAAUCUAUGGUCUUUCCUCGACGUCACCUUCAUCUUCCUUUUCGUCAUCUACAGCGGUCUGCGCCUCUGGGGGGUAUGGACCGGGUUGCUAGGGCCCUCGGAACAGGCAUUUGAUGUCUUGGCGCUCGCAGCACCUGUACUGGUACCUCGCCUGGCCUUUAACUGGCUGUCUGACAACUUGGUCUUCUUAUCGCUGAGAUCCAUGAUGGCCGACUUUUUCCUGCUCACUGCGCUUUCGGCGUGGUGCUUUUUUGGAUUCUUGCUAUCUCUACUGUGGCUGGGAGAGGGAGCCCAUCCGUUGCUUACGAUUUCGAAAUGGAUGAUUUACAUCUGGUUUGGACUCGAUGGCACUGGAAUUCACCGAUCGGUCGAAUUCCACUGGCUACUGGGACCCGUCGUCAUGAUCACAUUUGCUUUCCUUGGCAACACUCUCUUCCUUACUAUCCUCGUCUCCAUGCUGUCGAAUACGUUUAGCAACAUAUCCACCAAUGCCACAGCCGAGAUACAUUAUCGAAAGGCUGUCCUCACGCUUGAAGGCGUCAAGGCGGACGCUGUUUUCGCUUACCAGCCUCCUUUCAAUCUCCUAGCCGUCUUCCUUCUUUUGCCGCUCAAAUUCGUCGUCAGCCCGCGAUGGUUCCAUAAAAUCCACGUCGCCACUGUUCGCUUGGUCAACCUUCCACUGUUACUCUUCAUCGCCGUCGCUGAACGCCGCCUGCUGUGGCCGGACAAGACUUCCGAAGGAGGAACUGUCAGCUCGCUGGCCCAUAAAUGGUUCUGGCAAAGGUGGCAGCUCUCAGCAUAUCAGUAUAUCCGCGCCGUGUUUGAUGUGCCACCCCCGGAGGAUGUAUAUGAUGACAUUGCCGUGGACGACGACCUGACGCACCACCUCAUUCGGAGGCAAUACACGCGGCAGGAGACGCAUGACUCGGUGAGGAAGCCCUCGCGCCGAGACUCCAUGUUUGAGAUCCCGCCCAAGCUGCGGGGGUCGCUCACGGAAACGGGUGAAGAUUAUGCAGAUAUGGCGGGUAGACUGGCUGCCAUGGAGAAGGCCAUGCAACGGAUGGAGGAUAUGCUCUCGAGGCUUCUGCCGCAGGAGGACAGCGAAAUCGGGGAGAGUGACACACUACCCAUAGGCGACGGCACUACUCUAGAAUCGUCUUUUAAAGGACGCGAGACGAACUUUUGAAGGUUGAGAAGUUGCGAGAAUGAUUUUAGAAUAGCGGGCUAUGUAUGGAUUUUUCGACAUUUGGCAUGAGCAUUUGGCGUUGGUUUGACAUUUGUUGCAUUGAAUAUGGGAGCGUUGGUAAGAGGCAUGUAGGUAUGCAUAUACUCAAAUUGAAUCUUUCAAAUAUGCAUUGCUUCCAAUUGUACGAUUACUUUUAUG